AUGACCAUCUUGGGCACCCAACAUCACUGCCCGAGUUUGAAGCGCCUUAUCGUGAACCGUCGUUGGAAAACUCGUCUGCGAUACACACAUCCGCCCACAGCGCGGAACGCCCCCCGUAUUCCAUCACCUAGAUGGAACUUUCAGCUAAGCCUAACACGCGCUAGCGAGCCUUCCGUGUACACGCGUCGUCGCGUGACUGGGCGCCGAGCUAAGCCUAACCAACUUUUCCUCCGCGCCGUACUUGUUGAAGCAUGCCUUCGCUGGCCGACGGUGCAGCGGCAAUAAGCGACACGACUACGCCCGUACCUGCUGCCAGUCUCGGUCCACCUCUGUGCUCCCCGGACGAGAGCGUACUCGAGAGCCUCGUCGCCGUGUUGGUGGCGGCGAUCAUCUUCCUCGCAGCUUUGGUUCUCGCCGUGCUCCUGUUCGCCUGCUCGUCGCAGCAAACGAGGCGCGAACUGCACUGCAGUCACGACCACCGCCACCAGCACCACUGCAACAAGAGACGGCGCCGCCGAAGCCUUCAGGAGGUCCGCUCGCGGGCUUGCUGCGGCGGUGAUCGCGACGAGGACGUCGAGCUCUUUUGCGACCGUCGCGAGGCGACGGCCGUCGGCGGGCCGCCUCGGCGCUUCGAUUACGGCAGCAGCGCCGGACGGUCAUCCUCGCCCGACGCAGCGGCAAUCAAGAGGUCACCGUACCACCCGGGGUACAACAGUCCGGUGACAACGUCGAGGGCGCCGCCGCCGUCCAGGCACCGCGAGGGAUUCCGCAAGUCGAGAUACGCGAGUCCUGGUGGAACAUGCUCGGACCCGGCAUUGCACUCGACAGCGUUCCGAUCGAGCGUUUCACGUCAGCUGCCUCGAGAACGCCGGGCCGCGCCGGCCGGUACGGCGAAGCCCCCUAGCGGCGAAACGAGCGACUCCUCGCGGCCCAGCGCGGAGACCGGCUCGGACACGCGUUCCCUGGAGUGGGACAACUUCCAGCCGCCUCUGGCCACGGCGUCAUGGCCGUCCUUCAGUGAGCUGUGCACCGACGAGUCGUUUAGCGGCGCGGCCGCGGAUGGCUCACAGCAGCGGCAGCAGCAGCGACAGCCACUGUCAACUCAAAGAGAACAUUGGGUGUGACGCCAGCAUUGCAAAGCAGCUGGACGUUACAUUGCACUGACCACUCCUAGGUCCUUGCUCGUAUCAAUCUGAUUCUUCCUCACGCACACACGCCUGAGUUAACGAUCAUGAGUAUUUGGUCGAUCAUCCAGAUUUCCAAUGGAUGUACAAUAAAAUGAGCGUCCUCAUCAA